AUGCGACACGUACCAUUGCUCUCCGCCUCUCGCCCUCUCGCCCACUCCCCUCAAUUACCCACCCCAACCCACCUCUCCAGCGGAGCUGAUAACAACCAACAAGCUAUCGGAGCUGGCGUGCUUGGCGCUCUACCUCAUCUGGUAACAACCAACAAGCUAUCCGAGCUGGCGUGCUUGGCGCUCUACCUCAUGUUCGAAAAGAAGCAGGCGGAUGAGUCCUUCUGGGGCCCUUUUAUUCACGAGCUCGACCGGCAGAGGGGGCGAGGCCAGACCGCCGUGGCCACCCCUCUCCUGUGGGAUCCCCAGGAGGUGGCAGAGCUGUUCCAAGGGAGUCCCAUGAAGGCGGAGGUGGAGGCGCGGCUGCAGGGCAUCAAGAGGGAGUAUGAGGAGCUCGACACCGUAUGGUUCCUUGCAGCUUCGCUCUUCAAGCAAUACCCCUACGACACACCCUCCGAGACUUUUCCCUUUGAGAUCUUCAAGCAGGCCUUCAUUGCCGUGCAGUCAUGCGUGGUGCACCUGCAGGGCGUGCCUCUCCCCCGUCGCUUCGCCCUCAUCCCCAUGGGUCCGCCUCUUCUCGCCUACAAAAGCACCACCCGCUCCAUGCUCGCUGCCUCCCCUGACGGAGGGGUUGAACUCCGCCUGGACCGCCCUGUCAAGGCUGGGGAGCCUCUCAGCGUCUGGUGUGGCCCCCAGCCCAACACACGACUGCUGCUCAACUACGGCAUUGUGGACGAGGACAACCCCUAUGACCGCCUCACGGUGCAGGUGGCAUUGAACCCUGACGACCCACUCUACCAGGCCAAGCGGGCCAUCGUGCAGAAGAACGACCUCCUGCGCACCCAGGACUUCCAGCUGUACAAGGGCAAGGAGCAAGCAGCCCUGUACGACAUGAUGCCCUACCUGCGCCUGGCGCACGUCACCGACCCUCUCGACAUGGAAUUCGUCACUUUCGCUGAUGGGCCUGUGUGCGGGGUGAGUCCAUGCAACGAGAACGCGGUGUUGGAUCAGCUGGUGGAGUUCUUUGAAGCCCGCCUUGCAGCCUACCCCACCACGCUCGAGGAGGACAUUGCUGCGAUCGCAGACCCGGCAAGCAGCCCCAAGAGGCGGGUGGCGGCACGGCUGGUGCGCAUUGAGAAGGAGAUCCUGCGCAACGCCCUGGCAGCCGUGCAGGAAGUCAUCUCUGUCCUGCCCACGUGGAGCGAGGCCCCGUGCUACAGCCAGCACAGGCCCAUUCUGAAAUAG